AGAGGCCUGCAGAAAAGCUCUGAGCUCAUUUCCCACAGCUGCUACCUAGAGCGCCCAGCAAGAGCCUCCCAGGAUGAACAGCUUCCUCUUCCUUCUAUUCACCUUAAGCCUCUUGGUUCUGACUCAGAUACAAACUGGAGUCCUGGGGAACACGACCGCCAGCUCUGGCGGGACCUCUGGCGCUGGCAGUGGCGGGAACAGUGGCAGUGGCGGGAACAGUGGCACUGGCAAGCCCGCUGCCACCACCCUCAAAACUACCACAACUGCGAAAACCGACACAGAUGGGGCCCCAGCUCUCAGCAGCAUGGAUGGUGGCAGCGUCCUUUUCUUCUUGACCCACAUCCUCAUCCACCUCUUCUACCUCAGCUGAGGUGACAGUGUCAUCUCUAGCUCUAUGUCCCCUGAAACACUGCCACCAUCACUAGCCAGAGAACACCCGCCUCCCGCCAACCCUCAGGACGGGUGGACGACAGAGAUCCCAGGGGGUAGAGGUUGACAGGCAGCGGCCAAGCCGGGGAAGUCCUGACGUGGAGGGCAGCCUGGGGCUCAAUAAAGUUCUCCUGGUCUGUGGGACGC